AGCAGUUUUUCUUUUCGUACACACACACACACACACACACACAUAGUCAAGGACGUUUUGGCGAACUGCCUCUCUCGCUGCCUCUCAAUCGCCGCGCGCCUGGGGUGGGGUGCAAGGGGGUAAAGUGGGAGCAACGGCUGCGGCCCGCCUGCUUAAUCGCGCUCUCGCUCGCCGAUUAUUUGCCAACGCGACUUUACAUAAUUCGCUAGCUCGCCGAUCGGUCCGUCCACCGUCGCUCUCGCGUCUUGUCUCGUCGCAGCAGUGGUGUAGAGAAGAGAUCGUCGCCGUGUCGCUCGCUGGGCCAGCCCCGUGUCGAACGCAUGCGGUAGCCUCCCUCUCACCCCCACUGACCCCUGGACUUUGCUACCACCCUUCAGCUUCGAACAUGAGUGACCUUUCACUGAUACGUUUGUGCGGCGAAGAAGGCGGCGGCGAGAUGGGGAGCGCGUCACAGCAAUAUUGUUUGCGGUGGAACAACCACUACAACAAUAUGAUGAAUAUAUUUGGGAACCUGUACGAGUCGGAGUUGUUCGCCGACUGCAGCCUGGCCUGCGAAGGCCAAAUAAUCAAGUGCCACAGGGUGGUGCUCGCCGCGUGCAGCACCUACUUCCUCGCCAUGCUCCGAGACAUCAACGAUGGACACCCGGUUAUUGUCCUCAAGGACAUCCUGUAUGCCGACAUGAGGGCCCUCAUGGAUUACAUGUACCGGGGCGAGGUCAAUGUGGGCCAAGAGCAGCUUGCCAGCCUUCUCAAGACUGCCGAGGUCCUUAAGAUCAAAGGUCUGGUCGAGGAGGGUCCCCAUGGUUUGUCGAGCAAUGGUGGGCUGGCUUCGCCACAGUCGCCACCAACUAUCACCACGUCGGUCAAUUCGGUGCAUCCGAGUUUAUCACCACCGCAUUCGAAUCUUCUGAACCAAUUGAACAAGUACUCCAACAUGUACUCCAAGUCGAUUCUGAGCAGUUCUGCUGCCGCCAUGGCCGCGGACCGCGCGCGUAUUGGCAUGCCCAUGUGGCCAAUGCCCCACCUCCCACAGGGCAUGCCCCCGAUGGCUGGACACCCUCACAACACCAGCACCAGCUAUGAUUCGCCUCUGAAGCGCAAGAAGUUGCACAGCAGCGUCAUCAGCAGUCGAGACACGCCCAUUCUCCGCAACGUCCUUGGACAAAAUUUGCCCUCGCAAACCGCAGGAAACUUGAGUUCAACUUCGCCGCCUGGCAGCAGCCAGUCGCCUGCAGCGGACUCCUCUCAGCAACCUGUUUCUCUAGUGUGCCAUCCGGAAAGAGUCCAAUCCAACGGAUCUGCGCAUAGCAGGAUGCUAUUGCAUUUUUUGCAGAGCUAUAAGGGAGAAGCUGCUGAUGACGACCAUCACUCGUACUCUGAAAUGAAUGUUGAUGAUGAGGUUAAUGAGGCUACUGGUAAAAUGAUGAUGCCUGGAUCUACACACCCCACAUACUCAGGAGACGUUAAAUCUGGAAUCGCGGCCUACGUACCAGCUACAAAGCCAGAAUGGAAGCGUUACAAGCAGUACACAAGAGCUGACAUCAUGUCCGCGAUCGAUGCGGUGCGCGGCGGCAUGAGCGCGUUACAGGCGGCUCGCAAGUACGGUGUGCCAUCGCGCACACUUUACGAUAAAGUGAAGAAACUUGGCAUAACGACUAGCAGACCAUUCAAGCGGGGCAGCUUCCAGUACAGCGCUGGCGCGCUGAGCGCCAGCCAGGAGAACCUGAACCACUCAAGCAGCACCAAUUUCUGCAACCAGUCUGACGCUGAGGAGCAAGUGUCGUCGGACACGAUGUUGGAAAAAUCAGACGACACCGGCGCUAGCGUGAAUUUGCGUCCGAGCCGGAGUCCAAGCCCGGUUAGCAUGCCAGCGCACUUCAUGAGCGGCCCCAACCCCGGUAUCAACUUCCGCUCAAGCAGCAGCCCCAGUCCGACGGGCAGCAGCGGCGGUAACCACAGCCCUGACGAGGUGGAAGAUCUCUCUGUGUCCGGCACUCGCAAGUCGUCACCACUGCCAGUCCCCACGACCCCGGUGGCUGUGCCCAUCACCCCCCUGCACCCGCACAUAGUGUCCCUCAAGGACAGCAACACCCUCGAGGAUGCCUCGCCGGUCCGGACCACGACGGUCGGCGGUGGUGACGCCGAGCACGACUGAACCACUGUCCACGCGCUAGUUUGUCGACUACCAUUCCCUCCUUGUUGCCUAAGACUGCUUGCCACAUGAUUUUUCUAUUGACUCAUACACAUAUAUACAUUAUUCGGUUCGUUUGUUACGACUUUUAAGAGCAAAACCACGCAUUGGACGGCCAGAGAGAGCUUCACGGACAUAAUUUAUUAUCGGACUUUGGCUGACAGCAGCCAACUAGUAACGUUAGGCUUUCCCUUCGAGGUAGGCAGGCGUUUUUAACCAAACAAAUCAAUUUUAUAUCAGCAGAAGCCAUCUCUUCAAGUCCAAUGCCGAUCGUUGCUGGAGAACACAAUUAUUCGAAUGGUGACCAAUUUUAACACAUAUUGUUGAUAGAAACGCGCAUACAUAUUUUAUCGUUUUGUUUUCGCCGGUGGUCUGAGUAGAAUUAAACGAUAAUUGAUUUCAACAAUGAUGUCUCUCAAGCCAGGUCUCUGCUGCAUUGUUCGCAACAUCUUACACGUACACAGAGUUUUGCCGUGGUCGAGGACACUCUGCAAAGCCUUUUUUCAUUGUAGCUCGCGAUAUCCAAAAAGAAUUAAAAAUAAAAUAAGAGGGCAACAAAACAAUCACGCCGUUUUUGCAGAUUGUCUACACACAGGGACCAGUUUAUCAAAGUGAACUUAGAAGCUCCAUCAGUGAUUGAAAAAGACUUUUAAAAUAUGCAAUGCUAUAUGAUUUCCUUAUUUUUUCCUUCCGGUCAGUCGGGAGGCACAAACAACCAUAAGACUGAGAAUCACUCUUUCAUUAUAACAUUACUACUUUACCCCUUCAAUUUCUAAUUCACACACUGUUAGUUGUUUUGGGAGCUUGAACGUUAAUAGACUGAGAAAUCACAGAAACACAUUACACACACACACACACACACACACACACACUUACUCGCGACGACACACAGACUCACAAAGUUUAAACCUUUAGAGAGGCAAUUAUUAUGAAAUGCAACAUUUGGCCCGGUUAGGGAGAUUUGAACGGAAAGGAUGUAUAUAGCUUGUGGAUAGAGGAGAUGCUUGGGAAGUGCGACGGUAUUUGAUGCAAAAACUAGACUAUGGACGCACUAACAAAUGCAUUGACACAAUGAUUACUUAUAAAUAUUUAUGUAACACACAACCUAAAACAUACUGGGGGGGCUUGUAAUUGUUUCAAUAGUUUUUAGAAGUAUAACACACAUACACGCAUUAUAUUAUCCGGACUUUCAAUUAACUUUUUCGUACUGUUUUUAUCGAUAAUAACGGUUAUAAUUACUAUGCUAUUAUUAAUAAUAUCUAAAGUUGGAUUUUACAGUUUAUUCGCCAUUUGUGUUUGCAAUUUGCUCAGUUGCAAUGAAUGAUCACUUUCUUAUCUAUAGUUUGUUCGUUCGUUCAUUCAUUUUGCCUUUAAUCGAGGAGCGAAUUGCUGCUUUUUAUUGACUGAUCCAGUUUGAGGGACUGUGUGUACGCAACUUGAAGGCAAGGCGGCCGCUGCUGACUGAAAAUUUAAUCAAAACAGCCCCGCUUGAGACGAGUACACGCGCGCUAGUCAAUGAAAGCUUAAAUGAUACUAUAUCAAGUAAUUAUCACUGCCAGAGAUCAACUCAAGAUUUUGUAAAAGGAGAAGACACAUUUUCUACUUCAAAGCAAAUGACUUGUUUUCCUUGUUGAAGCAGAAAUUAAUUAAUUAAAAAUGUGUUCGUACAGAUAUUUUAGUAGCGCUUUUCUCGAGGGCACGAAACUGGAAAAUCCAUCUUUCUUUUUGAGACAGAUAAUACUAUACAAAAUACUGGUUUUGCGUUUUGCUUUAGUUGGGCUUAAACGAAACCAUGUUGAAUAAAGGUGCGUCGGCGACCGCGUUAUUCGAUUGUAUAGGAAUAUUUUUCUCUUAAUAUGUCUAUACAUAUGAUUAUAUUUAGAUCUAAAGACUGAACUACAUCUAGUGGUGUUACACGCGCGAGAAUGAUAUGACAUCAAAUUGUUAAAAAUGUAAAUUGGGAAAAAAGAAUAUGCCUUAGAAGAAUCACUACACUCACACACGAACACAAAUACAUGCAAUGAAGGAAGACCACACAUGAAUUAUCGGUAAAAUAAAAAAGAGACGACACAUUAUAUUUGGCGGAGUGUUAAGCUACUUUUACACAGGCACAGUUUGCAAAUGGUGGAUGAGGAAAAUUGACAAAAAAAUAUAAUAAUCACAUUUGCAUAUAUAAAUGUAUCAACUAUUAAAUGCCUCUCAGAUGUGCUAACAAACUGCUGACUCGCAGUGCCCCAAGGGUACAGAUUUGGUGCGCCUGUGAUCGGGCGGGUGGCAUAACUGCUUCAUGUCAGGAAUCGGAGAGAAAUGGAGUUAAGAAGCGCGGGGACGAGGAUUCUCGGCUAGAAUCACAACUCGCACACGCAUUGAAGGAAUUGCCGCUUUUGUUACACACCCGUUUUGGAAAAUAGAGAGGAAAGAGUUGAACUGUGUUAGUGUUAUGCCAUGUGAAGAUUUUGUUGAAAGCGAAAUUUGUUGUGCUGUAGUUUUUAACUGUGCCUUGGAAUGUUAGAACGAGCAAGAAAAAAGAAAUCCACAUUCACACGCGUUUUCCGCGAGGGCGGUCACAUUUUUUGCAACUAUUAAGUCGAACUAGAGGUUUGCGUUCUCAACCGCGCGCGAUUUGCAUUAUUUGAGAGUCAACGCUCACGAGAGAGAGAGAGACAAUUUAUGACUUGCGUCUAAUGCAUAAAAUUUUUAAAAAGUGCACCACUCAUGUUUGAUGCUUUCUUGACGUUGCACCUGAACAUGAAUGACUUUAUUAUAAAAUCGACUCAUUGUGUUUCCGCAGAAAUAUUUUGAAUGUCAAAUUUGUAAAAUUUGAGAAAUCCCAACUGUGCAAUAUUUAGACUUCAGAGCAACGUGUUGCUUUUUCAAGAGGGUUAUUUUUCCAAAGACUGAAACACAUGAAGUGUGAACACACGACAUACAAUUUAAAAAACCUCUGCUUUUAAUACCAACGAUGUAAAGUAAAAACACACUCACUCCCCAGUUGAUGACACUUUGUGCAGACUUCAAACUAAUCAAACGAACGAAAGCCAGAUGUAUACUCCAUCCAUAUUGUUCAAUAGCCUAAUAUUGUUUGCAAUCCAUAGAAAAUCAAAAACCGCAAAUCAAAUACAAUAGGACAUAGAUUACACGUGAAAUAAACGGAUUAUAUUUACACUGCUUCUUAUUAUUUGUUGAUUCACUUCUCUUUUCUGUUUUAAUUGGCUAAUUUGCGGCUCUUCCAUCCCCUUGCCUUAUCGUGAGAUUAGGGGGGGAGGGGAGCGGCCGAAAGUAGGAUUUCGCAUGGUCCAUAGUAAUAUUCACACAAUGUAAUUUUCAUCAUUUGAAGAAGAACUUUGCUGUCGUCGGAACAGUAUGUUGCAGUUUCGUUCAGUAAUCUGUUUGUCAUUUGAUAUAUUUUUGUACCGAUGCUACUGUUUCUGUUCAAAUGUAGAUGAAAAUGCGAAACUAACUUCAAGUGAUUGUUGAUCUACCUCAUUAAUUAAUUUAGAUACUGUGUUGGAAACAAUUACAUCAUUAUUGUGUACAGCCGCCGCGCAGAGGAAGGGCAAAAAUCGGAUAAACACAACCAAUGCCUUAUUUUGACCAAUUGAGAAUAGCUUAAAUGUACUACAUACAUUUUACAACUUUGAGAUAAUUAUUCAAUCGCGUCACUCCCCAAUCCUGUAGAUGUACACACAAACACACACAUAGAGAUGAACUCACUUGACAUUCACGCAUAUUAUUUUUACUGUCCAUAGAUUUGUGCGCGCGCGCUUUAUAUUAUUAAAAAUGUAAAAUAAAAACGUGCUACUUUAUUAA